AUGGACAAGAAGGAUGCUUUAGCGCCUUCCCCGGGCGACGCCUUUGGCUCAGUCUACGUCCACAAGCCCACGGCCCGGCACACGCAUACUUCUGUUGUCCUGCAUGGACGAGGAAGCACUGGCGAAGAGUUCGCCGAGGAGUUCCUUGAGGCAGCCACAACCGGCAACAUGACACUACCGCUGAUGUUUCCAGGUUGGUGGGUGUUUCCGUCCUCGAAAACUAGCUGGAGCGACCUCUUCAAAGAACAAAUGCCUUCCUGGCUCGAGGCGUACUCUUUGGCACAUUCAAAUGCAAGGCAGGAUCUGCAGAUGGAUGGGAUCAAGAAGUCGGUGGCCUAUAUAGGGACCAUCCUGGAGAGGGAGUCCGAAAUGCUCCACGGCAGAUCCGAAAACCUCGUGCUUGGAGGCAUCAGCCAGGGAGCUGCGAUCGGCAUGUGGACGUUGAUGUAUCGAGGUAACCCCAACAGGCAGCUUGGCGCAUUUGUAGGGGCCAGCAGCUGGCUCCCAUUUGCCUCGACUAUUGAGGAUUUCGUUGUUCGGGGCCAAACCCGAAAGCCUGGGUGGAAGGGAACAGAGUCGGACGUGUUUGUAGAGGGUAUGAUGGCCGCCUGGAAACUGCCCUUAGUUCCAUCGCUGCAGGGCUGCAGGCCCCUAUUAUCGACGCCAGUGUUCCUAGGCCACGGUACUGACGAUGCCUACGUCGACAUUGAACUUGGGCAGCAGGCCAAGCAAGUACUCGUCCAGGCUGGAUUCAAUCUUCUAGAGUCUGAAGCUUCGCAUAGCUACCCAUCCCUGUCGUCGCAGUCUUCGAUGGAAACUCGUCCAGCGUCAACAAACCCCGAGGGGUUAUAUCAUUCACUGAGCAACAGCUGGGCCAGCUAUCUGGUUGCCCAGCACAACAGCCGAGAAGUGACACUUCUGAAAGGGGCCGUUGAUGGACAUACCAAACAGGUCAACGCCUUGAUCAACUCAUUGCAAAACGACCUUGCACGCAACCAGCAACUUGUCACGGCCGCUUUCGAUGAGUCGAAGGCGAGGUCAGAGCAAAUUACCUUCGAGGUCAACGAGCUAAAGCCUCUUCGAUGCAGUCUUCCACUAUUAAAGCAGGAAGUUGACCAAGAUAAGGAGGAGGCGACUAAAACGUUUUCCGAACUUGCCAAAAAACUCACCGAUCUCCAGCAAGACCUCGUGAGGAUACAGGAGAGUACCCUGCAGAGCAUCGAAGCCAUUCGAGGGCAAAAUCGGUCCAUUAUCAGCAAUUUAAGCCUCGUGGAGGCUGAAAUGGUGCAACUGAGGGCAGAGAAGCUGCUGAUGGAGCAAAGGAUAUCCGUUUUGGACCGCAAAUUAGAUAGCAUGGAUGCGUCUCGCCAGGAGAUCCCGCCGGAGACCGUCAGCUUUAUCAACAAGAUAUUCCUUCGGAGCGAGAAACUGAUGAAAUUACUGGACUACCAUGAAGCCGAGGCAGCUGAGAUGUGUGCGACCCAACCUGAUCGCCCAAAACGGACCCUGCAUUCCUAUAGCAGCCGCGACUUCAGAAGACUCUACCGCUCUUUUAACCAAGAAUACAAGAACAGCAAGCCAAUUUCGGAGGUGGGUUUUAUCUGGAAAUUCAUUGAUAGCAUCGAUAACCCCGGUCUGUCAAGACAUAUUCAGGAGUCGCUGGCCGCUAGCCUCCCCGAGUAUAUAUACACGAGAAAGGAGACACGGAGGCCAAGUAACCAGCACCACAUCAACAUAUCUGCCAAACUCUCAUGGGAUGAAUUUAAAAAGGCUCUUGCCAAAACAGCAGCCAUGUGA